CAUGAAGGAGGGGGCUGCCCUGGAGGAUAGUGCAUGGAUGGGAGGUCUGGGGAGCUGCCUUGUGCACGGGUGAGGGGCCUGGGUGGGCUGCCUUGGAGCUCGCCGUGUGGCUGGGGGAGCGAUGCCCGUGCUCACAGCCGGCCUUGCCCCCUCCCCCUGCAGCGACCCAGACAGCGUGGUGCUGUGCCUCUUGGCCACCGACGAGGAGGACGAGGACGAUAUCGCGCUGCAGAUCCACUUCACCCUCAUCCAAGCCUUCUGCUGCGACAACGACAUCCACAUCCUGCGCGUGUCGGGCAUGCAGCGCCUGGCCACGCUGCUGGGCGAGGGGACACAGGACAGCAGCGAGCCCCGGGACCUCCACUGCAUCCUGGUGACGAACCCGCACACGGACUCCUGGAAGAGCCAGGGCCUGGCCGAGGUGGCCAGCUACUGCGAGGAGAGCCGCUGCAACAACCAGUGGGUACCCAGCGUGGCCCUGCAGGAGCGCUGAGCUGCGGCAACCAGGCGGGGGGGAGCCGAUGAGAAAAGAAGGGGAGGAAGAAAAAAAAAGAGCCAGAGAAGCAGGAUUUUAAAAAAAAAAAGCACGAGACCUUUUUAGUUUUGCCCCCAACUUCGCAACCCAGCGGCCCAUGACCCGCGUGGGCAGGGCAGGGCACCUGCGUGGGAGAGCGGCUGUGCCCGUGGCAGGAGCCGGCCGGCAGAAGCAAGGCUCGGAGGGGCGCCGAGACCCCGGCACAUGCACAAGCGUGUGUGUAUGCGUGCAUUUGGCUGCGUGGGCAGGCGGGGCCACCCCGGGGGGGCACGGGACUGGGUUUUCCC